AAUACGACUUGACUCCCCAUUUUAUCUCAUCACACAAACAAACAAGUCUCUCCCUCUGGAUUUCGAUUCUUCACCUCGAGAUUCAAUUCCAAGUCUGCAGUUCAGGUUUUCAUGUGAUUUGCCCGUUAGGGUUUCAUAGGAGCAGCUAAAAUAAAUUAGCAUCAGCUUUCCACUAAUGAUGUUGAAUUGCGUCUUCAACAAUCUCCGUUCCUGUCAAUUAAUGUUCGAGAAGUGUUUUUUCUUUUCAAUGCAUUUCUGAGAAAAUGCAGAUCCUCUCAUUAAUUGAAGAAAAUGUCUGGACGUGGAAAGGGAGGCAAGGGUCUGGGAAAGGGAGGAGCCAAGCGUCACCGUAAGGUUCUUCGUGAUAACAUUCAAGGUAUCACAAAGCCUGCAAUCCGCCGUCUUGCUCGUAGGGGUGGGGUCAAGCGUAUCAGUGGUUUGAUCUAUGAAGAGACUCGUGGUGUACUCAAGAUCUUCCUUGAAAAUGUUAUAAGAGAUGCUGUGACCUACACCGAGCAUGCUCGCCGCAAGACUGUCACUGCCAUGGAUGUGGUGUACGCACUCAAGAGGCAGGGAAGAACUCUAUACGGGUUCGGUGGUUAGGGCUUUUGAUUUUAGAAUAAGUCUUGCUGUCAAGAAAUUUGGAUUGUAAUUAGAUUGGUAAUUAGGGUUUUUAGGUACUGUUUUGUAAGUAAGUUAAGGGUUUGCGUUGAUGGAUUUAACUUUGAGUUUUUGUUUGGGAAUGGAAUGGUGGUGUUCGGGUUCAAA